CGCGUUAUUGUAGGACCUUUUUCGGUCUUCUGACUAGAAAAAUGCAUCUGCGAAAUGGCAGGUUAGGGCCGAGAAGUCUUGUCCUUCGUACCGGCUCACUUUUUUCUACGUUCUUGGCUCUGUGCUGGUCGAUGGCAAUCACAGUCCAAGGGUUUAGCCUGAUCCCAUCGAUCGCGCGAUCGCCGUUUCUAUUGUCUCACGUACACAUUGGCGUUUCGAGACGGAGGUUUUCGUUGCUCUUUUUGCGAUUACGCCAAAGCAGAAUGGAAGAAUGGCGGGACGACCAACGAUUGGACGACAACCGAGCGAUCAAUGGUGUUCCGACCAACACUACGUUACAAACACUGACAGCAACGGCAUCCUCUAUGAAAAGAUUCAAAAGCCUUCCAUCAGCGACUUGGUCACAGUACAACGCCAAUUCUACAAAAUUCGCCUCGACAACAUUGGGUGACAUUAUGAGCAGUCGGAACGGAUUGGUCAUGUCUCAAGAAGAUUCACCCACGUUUGUUGGUACUAGCCGGGAUAGCGAGGAGGAUCGGAAGGAGAGUGCGGAUCAAACAUCCGAUACUUCACUGGCAUCACGCUACGGUAUCCACGACCCACUGAAUCGUAUGGCGCUCACGGCCAACGGCAAUUUGCAGCGACUCGUGUCGAGUUACUACGAUGCGCCUGUUCAGGUAGUGGUGGAUUCGUGCAGAAAGCGUUCUUCCAACGUCUCUAGCAAUGUACAAAUUAUGUCACGUCCAAUACAACUUUCCGGAGCGGCCACAGCCCAAGUCUGGGAUCGAGUCGUACACUUGACGGUCUUUGGGAAAACCUUUUGUACGGCAACAUCGGUCAUUACGGUAUACGACGAAUUAUGUCAAAGUUUGGUUGAAUCGGGUCAAGUUGGACUGGGACAACUGUUUCGAUACCUGGACUUGUUGCCAGAGUUUACGCUUCACAAUGCCGGUGUACAUCAAACCGGCAAAACAAUGGCUACCAAGAAGGUGGGCCGCGGUGGCGGUAGAGGACGAGGAGAGGGUUUUUGGAGAGACUAUACAUUGAGCUGUGCCGAGAUCUCGUGUCGGAUACACGAGGACUUUCAACAAGGCAUAUGGGACUUGCAGCCUGUUCAGGAGGAGCAGUAA